UCCUCUGCACGCGGGCGGGCGGCGCGCGGCGCCUCGGUCUGGGGGAGCGCGGGGCGGUCUCCGCCGGCGUCGCGCGCGCUGUGUGUGAGCGGGGUUGCGCGCGCGCGCGCGCACUACAGGCGAGUGAGGGAGCGAGGAGCGGCCGGGUGUGAGAGUGUGUUUGGGGGUGGGGGCGAGUGUGUGUGUGUGUGUGUGUGUGUGUGUGUGGGAGUGUGUGUGGGAGUGUGUGUGGGAGUGCGUGGGAGUGGGGGUGAGGGACAGCCAGACCGACCGCGAGGCUGUGAGAAAGUGGGCGAGUGUGCGAGGGUGCCCGGCCUGGCUGCGGGAGCCGCGGUGGCGGAGGAGAAAGGAGGCGGCUCCCGGCAUCCCGACCCCCUCCCCCUCCUCUCCUUCUCGGACUUCCAGCCAGCCUGCCCGGCAGCCCGCGGUUCCCUCGGAGGCCCCAGCCCGGCUCCGCUGGCCGAGAGCGAGGGAGGAGCCGCCGGAGCCAGAAAGAAUCGUCAUUCAGGAGGAAAUAAUCCAGGAAAAGGAAGAACAAGCAGAUCAAGAUGUGUAGCUCUGUGGCGGCCAAGUUGUGGUUUUUGACCGAUCGUCGAAUCAGGGAAGACUAUCCCCAAAAAGAGAUUUUACGAGCAUUAAAGGCCAAAUGUUGUGAGGAGGAACUGGACUUCAGGGCUGUGGUGAUGGAUGAAGUAGUACUGACAAUCGAGCAAGGAAACUUGGGUCUACGGAUCAAUGGAGAACUAAUUACUGCCUACCCCCAGGUGGUGGUAGUGAGAGUACCAACCCCUUGGGUGCAGAGUGAUAGUGACAUCACUGUUUUGCGCCAUCUAGAGAAGAUGGGAUGCCGGUUGAUGAACCGACCUCAAGCCAUCCUGAACUGUGUUAAUAAGUUCUGGACAUUUCAAGAGUUGGCGGGCCAUGGUGUUCCUCUGCCAGAUACUUUCUCUUAUGGUGGUCAUGAGAAUUUUGCUAAAAUGAUCGAUGAAGCAGAAGUACUGGAGUUUCCAAUGGUAGUGAAGAAUACGCGGGGUCAUAGAGGCAAAGCUGUUUUCUUGGCUCGAGAUAAGCACCAUUUGGCUGAUCUAAGCCAUCUUAUUCGCCAUGAAGCUCCAUACCUGUUCCAGAAGUACGUUAAAGAGUCUCAUGGACGGGAUGUGCGUGUCAUUGUUGUGGGAGGCCGUGUGGUUGGCACCAUGUUACGUUGUUCAACGGAUGGAAGGAUGCAAAGUAACUGCUCACUAGGUGGUGUGGGGAUGAUGUGCUCCUUGAGUGAACAAGGGAAGCAGCUAGCUAUCCAGGUGUCUAAUAUCCUGGGGAUGGAUGUGUGUGGCAUUGACCUAUUGAUGAAAGAUGACGGCUCCUUCUGUGUCUGCGAGGCCAAUGCAAAUGUAGGUUUCAUCGCCUUUGAUAAGGCUUGUAAUCUAGAUGUAGCUGGUAUCAUAGCGGACUAUGCCGCCUCCCUCCUGCCCUCUGGCCGGCUCACCCGGCGUAUGUCCCUGCUCUCCGUGGUGUCCACGGCCAGUGAGACUAGUGAGCCGGAGCUGGGUCCCCCAGCCAGCACUGCUGUCGACAACAUGAGCGCAAGUUCCAGCUCUGUUGACAGCGACCCUGAAAGCACGGAGCGAGAGCUACUCACCAAGCUCCCAGGGGGCCUAUUCAACAUGAACCAGCUGCUAGCCAAUGAAAUCAAACUCCUGGUGGAGUGACUCCACCGGUAAAUAAUUAACCAACAAAACCCUUGUAAAACUCACUUUCUUUUUCUUCUUUUUUUCCCCUUUCUUUCUUUCCUUUUUUUUUUUUUAAACCAACUUGCAAUGCUGUUCAUGGAAGGUACUCAGGAAGAUGAGAAAAUUGAGUAGGAUUAGUUAGGAGAGAAGACAGGGGAGAGAGAUAGACCUCUGCUAUUAAGAUGUUACUGACUUGUUUACGGAUAGUGCAGAUAGGCAGAAGAGGUGAGCUACAGAAACACAUCAGGCUCUUAUAGUUAACCUUUUAAAUCACUCAAAAAUGUGUAUGCUCUCAGACCAUCAAGAACACACAGUUUUUUUUCAUGGUCCCUUGCUUUUGCUUUUGUAUAGUUGCUACAAAAUUGAGAAUAGGAUAACUUCACAUUGUGUUGCAAAGAUUUGUGAUGAGCGAGGAAAAUAAUCAACCUAAAUUAUAGGAAUUUUUUUAUACAAGUCUGAAAAUUCUGCCUUUACCAUAUUAACUAGCAACUUUAUGUCCGUAGUUUAUGAAAUCUUGAAGAGCUAUUUUGCUGGGAUUUAUAAUUUUUGUGCUUCGGUUUUUCCCUUCAUUUGGGUGGGAGGGCAGUAUUAAUAUAACCCAAUAAAGGUUUUUUCUAAUGACAAAAUUGGCAUUUUUGCAUGAUAAAAGGGAAAUGAACAGUAUUGCAAUGUCUGGUACACAAGGUGACAUUUACUCCAAUGUAGAUAAAAUUACACUAGUUUAAAAUAUGUGCAUUGACUUGUAUUUGUUAGUGUUUUAAUCUUUUUUGAAAGAUAUAUGCUCUGUUAAUGUUGCAGUUUUUUUUAAUACAUGCUAGUCUAACAUUCCCUGAUCUAUGCCUGCAUCUUUAACAAUGGCCAAAGUGAAGAAAGUGCUACCUUUUUUGUUAACAAGACACUGACUUGAAACAUGUGCAUUUAAAGCCUUUUAUUUUUUCCUUUUUUUCUUUUGGUGGUUGGGCAUUUAAAGUAUAAGGACAAGGAAAAAUAUUUUUGGGGGGCAAAUCAAGGGUCUAUAAGUUCUUUAGUAUAAAGCUGAAGUGAUUUAUAAUACCAGCAUUAUAUAUUUGCAUUUUUCACAUUUUAGGAGGGAGUAUAUAUGUGUGUGUGUGCACGCAUGCAUGUGUAUGUGUUUUGCUUUUUGUUUCACCAAACAAUCAAAAAAGAUAGAUUCUAGAAAAUGGAGCAUGAUGGGGAAACAGUUUCUACUUUAAAAAACAGAUAAGUUGUUUUAAUAACUAUACUCCACUGGGGUAGAGGUACUCACUAAAGACAUAAAGAGAAUAGAUGCUUCUUAGGCCUUUUUAUGUAUAUGUAUGUUGUUUGGUUUUUUCUUUGGUUCUAGACUGUUCAGUGUAUGAUUUAUUCAAGGCUACAUGCUUUUCUAUGCUUCUGGCUGUGCAUUUUCUCCUAUUACAUGUAGGUUUGAGGGUGGGGUGGACUGGACAUUUUUGUUUGGGGACUUACUUAGCAGUAUUAAGUCUCUUAUAGCCCAACUCUGAAGCCUUCAAUACUGUCCAUUCUUUAUAUUCCUUUAAUUUCUGAAUUUAUAAGAUCCCCAAAAUGGCAUAUAAUACGAGCCUUUGAAACAGGGGUAAAUCUAUUUGAAUAAUGGGUUUGGAAGGUGUGUUAAGAAAUGGAGAUGCUCCAGAGCUCAACGUAAUUUUUUUAAACAGCAAGUUCCAUCUCACUACAAUCCUCUGAAGCUUUUACCCGAGUCCUUUCUUGCCUCUCCAGUGCUUUUUUUCCUUCAGAUGGACCUUAAACAUAAUAUCUUGGACACUACUAGAGAGACUUCGAGGCAAUAAUAAAAGAUCAGUAUUAACCAGCUCUAACAGAGGUUUGAUCAUGCUUGUACAGUUUUUCCCCGUUUUAAAAAGGAAUGUAAUAAAAGUUGUUUUUUUCCAUAGAAUUAAAUAAUAUUAAAAUUGAGUGAAAGGUUGAUUGUUGACAAAUAGAAUAGUACCUCUAAUCUGUGCAGUGUCUCAUUUCACCUCAGAAAAAGAUAAUAAGAGGAUUUUCUAAUUUAUUUUAGGAUAUUCUAAUCUCCUAUAAAAGAAUUUGACUUGCAUAGAGUUAUUGUGGGCCUUACAUACAUAUAUAAGUACCUCUGUCUCAUUAACAAAAAGAAAUACAUGGUACUUCUUUCACUGAAUGACCAUAGGAGGAUGCAUAAUAUUUGGGAUAGAGAGAUAAAUGAGGGAGAAAGAACUGCUUAAUUAAGUCAUUAUUCAUAUGUUUGUGUAGAGACCAUCUGGUUGUCACAUAAAUUAUGACACAUUAAAUAGUUACAUAUAACAUGUAUAUAGAUUUAUGAAUUUUAUAAAUAGAACACCCUCUCUAUUUGAUGAAAAACUCAGGGUUUAUGUUGGGUUGGAUAAGGCACUAGGAAAAACGUAGAUAGACUUUAAAUUUUUUUUUACCAAACUAACCAACUAUAUCAUAAGAAUUAUCUGAGAUUAUUUCACCUUUAGUUUUAUUCACUACUGAUUGAUCUUUUGUGCAUUCACAGUAUAUUAAAACAUAGCUUUACCAACCUAUUUCUGGAUCAUACACUCACAUAUUAAAAGGAAAAGGGUAGGAAUGGUCAUCUUAGACUUUAAAACAUGGGUAUCUUCUUGAACUCACUCAAAAAUUAAGGUAAAGAAUAUGAACAGAUCAUUCUGGAAGAACCCAAAUGAAACAUCCCAGAUAUUGAAGUGAAAGUUAAAUAUAUUUUCUUAUUGUUUAACAACUUUUGUAUUAUCAUUGCUAUUAUGAGAGGUAAAAAUGUAUAUUUAUCAAAUAUGUAUAAGUCUUAUCAUGCCCAAAUCUGAAUUAUUGUAAAAUUGUGUAUUGUUAAAAUUGUAAUUCUUAAUUGUAUUUUAAAAGUAAUUCUGAUAUUGUUUUUAUGUUACCUGUGAUGAAAACUGGACUAUGCACACACAUACACACACAUACACAAAUAUGAACGAUUCCAUUUAAAAUUUUUAAUAGUUUUUUUUCUUUUUUUGGUGCCUAAUAAUUGAUUGGUCAUUUCUGCUGGCUUUUACUCCACUGAACUUUGAAAUCUUUCUGUAUAUGCUAUCAAUAAGAAAAUAUGCUGGAACAUUAGAAAAAUCCAUCAAGAGACUUGCUUUCAUCAAGCACUUUAUCAGACUUUUGAGAAGGUAUCGAAGGCAUUGAAAGAAGUAAUUGACUUUCAAAAUCAUCUCUUCUUUUUCUCAAGAAGAAAACGAUGGAAAAACAAAAUCUCUUCAUUCAGUGAAUCCCCAGUUUGGGGUCUGGGGAGCUUAGAGACGUUGUGAAAUCAAAUCUUGUGUUACAUUUUUCUCCUGGCUCACUCUUUUUGAGAAGGUUUAUGGGCUAUAUGGCUGGUGAGACACGAUCCCCUCCUAAGAAAAUGUAGGUGCUCAGACAGGUAACCUCUGCUGCUACUGUUUUUAUUUGUUUGUUUGUUUGUUUAAUUUCAUUUAAAAUUUGUUUUUGUUGUAUUAGGAUAUCUUAAAAUGUAAUAUAUUGCAGGAUUUAUAACCAGGUUCACUGCUUUCUUUCUUUUUUUUUCUUAAAAAAAAAAACAAAACAAAGUUUCAUUUAAGAUACAUUUAGGCGCCUUUGAAGCUUGGAUUUUGGAAUGUUUCAGUAGUGGACAGAAAUCUGCUGUUGGAAUCUUCUAGUCUUCCAGGUUUAAUUUGAAAUGUUUUUAGUUUUGUUUUGGAUUUUUGUGUGGUAUUUUAUUUCCUUUAUCAGUGCCCUUUUGCCAUGCUGUUUUGGGGUGGCUGCCUAACUCUAGUGAAAAUUCUUUCUAUAUUAACGAAAGUUUGGUGUUUUAAAUUCCUUAAUGUUUUGCAUUUUUAAAAAUUGUUUUUAAAGAAAUAUUCUAACUGCUUGCACUGUUACUGUUCUUUGCCAGCCUUUUCAGGAGCCAAAAAAACAAAAACAAACAAACAAAAAAAUACCCAGAGAAAAAACUUUCCUUCUUCCCCCUUCCUGAUGAUGAGUGAGAAGUAUUGAGAACUUUCGGGGUCAGUGCCCUUCUAAACUCCCCUUCCCCCAAUAAUGCAGCUGUAUAAUGAAUGGUAAAUGCAGCGGUUUGGAUUCAGGCACAGCCCCAGCCUGCUUGCAGGUAAUUUGACUCUCCUUUCUUUCCAUCGCAAGGCUAACCUUACUUUCUUUUUAAAAAAUUUUCUUUCUUUAUGUACUUUAACGGCAACUGUGGGUUUGUAAAAACUCUUGUUAAAAAAAAAAGAAACAAAACGCAUAUCUAACAGAUAAUUUGAUUAAAGAAGAACUUUUGGGGGUAAAGUUUGAGUUGGUUGGGAUGAACUCAGGACUUUGGGGAUUUACUUUAGCCAUUUAGAUAACUCCAUUCCUUGCAUAUAUGUCUAUAAUUAAGUAUUUCAGAGUGUGACUUUUUUGGCUUUGUUUUUGUUUUGGGUUUGUUUGUUUCUUCCAUUGUGCUACUCUGGCUUAAGCUUUUUCAGGGGUUGGUGUUCCGAAUACAGUGAGCUCACAGUAUAAAGACAUCAAUUAGGAGUUGCCAGGUAUGGAAAACUAGAGUUUUGAAAAGGUAAAAUUAGGUUCUAGGUUAUAUAUAUGGUAAAAACUCAUCAUAGUUUUGAGUUGGUCUUAGUGCUUCUCUUUCUGUGACAUCAUUAUAAAAGUGAAAAGGAAUGACGAGACAAAGAUAAUAGAAAGCAUUUCAGUUAUUUAAGGAACAGUGUGAUCUCAGAACUAAUCAUUUUAGCAUUUCUAAGAUGCUAGUUCUAACAAAGAAGAUAGAUGUGAGCAGCUUGAGGUUAUCAUAAUGGUUUAAACAGUAAAAAAUUACACAUUUGCAAAGAUCGGAGGGCAUUUCUGAAGCACAAAUCAUUAAGCACAUUAACCAAGGCUAUAAAACAAACUUAGUGGCAGGAAUAGGAGUUAUCCAUUUUAAUAGCCUUCCCAUUAGCUUAUGUAGUAGCCUCUUCUCUGUCUACCCCAGUCCACCUACCCUUUCCUCCUUUCUCCUGUCUUUCCUAAAUUUUUAGUUCUAAUAUGAGUUAUUAUCAUUGGGGAGAAAAAUCCUCUUUCUCCUAGACAGUGGUCAGGAACUUUUCAAGAUAUACUUCUGCGUAAUUUUAUUCUGUGGCUUUAGACGUAUAUCCGACGAGGCUUUAAGUUCACUAGUUAGCUAAUAGGAAAAUCCUGGCUUGUAAUGCAUUCUACAGCUGAAGGCAUAAAAUAAAUCAUUAACCUGUUUUGUGCUUCAGUUCACCCAUAAUCAGAUAGGACCAGUCUCUCCCCUAAACAUCUUAAGAGAAAAGUAUUUAUCUGUUGAACUGAAAUUUACUAACAAUGGAAUCCCAGCUGCCUCCUGCAGGAAUUUGUGAUAUAUACUUAAAAAGGCUUGUACCAGAGAACUUUGUUCUCUUGCUGUAAGAAUGGCCAGCAUUAGAAUGUGUGGACUGUGUGAUUGCAUGGGACGUGGAGAAUUUAACAGUCUCCAUUCUGUUAUCCCCAUGAAGAUCACUGACUUGUUAAGAAUGAUCUUGCUUUCAGAUUUCACUAUAUACAAACUUACUAGCUGGGCCUUAUAUAGCGUAUAUACCUGGCUGCUGUUGUGGGGUUUGGGAACAUGAGGGGUGGGGUGAAUUGUUGUUGUUUUAGGUUUCAGUCAGACAGACAUCACUGUGCCCCAGUUCCCAGAAGCACAGCAGGCCUCUAGGAGCAUCCGUGGGAACGGCGCAGUCCUGACAUCACCAACUCUCCUGCUCAGGCUCAUCCCAUAUACAGAGGUCAAAGGGUGGGGUUUGAGAUCGGGGGAAGGAAUGAGAAAGUAGAAACAAUGUUGCUGCAG